UCAUGGAGGAGGCAGAGACCGGACUGUGAUACGUUCCUUCAUCUAAGGUACACCAGCAGGAUAAUGGAGCCUCUAUUCGUCAGGAAGAUGAUCAACGAAGUACUAGCAAGGAUUGUGGGCGAUGACACGACUACCUGGCUGGAGCGCACCGUGAUCGGCUGGACCUACAACUCUAAUAUUGCAUCCAGACUAUGCAGGCCUGCGGAGGUGUUAUGCGACUUCGAUGUGGCGCAAUGGAUGGAAGCAUAUGAUCCGGGGCAGUGUCCAUGCAGAUCGCGCAGAUACAUGGACAUGUGCACCCAAGCCUCGAUAGAACUGCUCCAGUGCGAAGGACAGAUGCACGUGAUCACACUGGACUCUUCGAUCACGGACAACCCUCUGCUCCAGGGCAUCAUCAAGGCCGGGUUGAACCACAUCCCCUGCAUGUCCCUGGACAUAGAGGAGGUGCAGAAUGAGUUGGGCGUCUUUCUCGACAAGCUCAUGGCGGAGGUAAUGGAGCUAUGGGAGCUAACGGCAUCCACCCAGUCCUUUCUACAAAGGUUGAUCCUGAAGAAGGCGAAGACAAAGAUGAUCAAAUACACGGAGCAGCAUCAACACGUAUCCGUCGAGCCAUUCGAGCAUCCGGCAGUCAAACGGGAGGUGGAGUUCCUUACUGGACGCUUUCUCAUCUGUCCGACAGAUAAAGCUCCGAACACUCCUACCGUCGUGUGCAAAAACUUCAUUCGGAAGCUCGCCUUUCAGAGGCUGACUCGACCUGAAUUCGUAAGCGUCGCCACCUCCCCCGCUUCUGCCAUCGCAAGAAUACAAGGCGAGCUCUCGGCCCUGCAUGUGUUACCGAAUGCCCCUGCUGCGCUCCCGUUCCUGAUGGCGGUCUUCAAGGCGCAGAAGAGAACGUUUCGAUGGAUUACGAACACUGCAGAGACCGUGGUCUCCCCUGCGGCAGAAUUGUGCGCAUGCCUGCUUCGAUUUCUUCUCCCCUUGGUGCAGACGUUCUGCGAGUAAAGAAGCCUGGAAGUGGAAGUGCGGCAUGGAGUGAAGUCGAACCUGUGGUGAGCUACAGCAUCGGUCGGGGAGUUCUGCGCGAACCUACCAGAUAAAAUCUACUCUAUCUU